UCACGGCUGCGUGCUAGCGGUUCGACCGACGCCGCUUUACAAAUUAGUGUUCUCCGCUUGAAACAUCCGUUUUCUCAUAUCUCCUGAGCCUCCAUCAUGCAGCGCAGCACUGACAGCCUUUCGAAGGAGAACGAACACCUCUCCAAGAUUAUCUCCGAGCUCAAAGAGGAGCGCGAUAGGUUCAGGCAGCAAGCAGGGAAGACGAGACAGGAGUUGAGCGAAUUAUUGGGCGAGAAGGAGAGAAUCGAUUGUGAGAAUGCCGACCUGAAGCGAACGGUGCUGGGUUUAGAGGAGCGCCUGAAGGAUGCUAUUGUUGCGCAGUCUGAGGUCACGAAGGCGUCCUCCGCUGCCGAAACUCAAGCUCAAACGGAAGCUCAAGCCCAGAACCAGCCUUCUGCACAACAGCACCUGUCAACCAAUGUAAUUCCUAGUAAACAAGAAGAACCGUUACCACAAGUUCCGGCUUCGAAUUCUCAGGCUCAGAGCGCCAUAGAUGAGGCUGCCGCCCUUCCGAUUUCUGCACCGACCGACACAAGUACCGCGAAUAUCACAAUACAAUCUACCGUAUCAGACAUUGCAGCCGUUGGUUCGCGUCCCUGAUUAUCUGUCCAUACUCGACUCGUGUUGGGGCCAGCCUAUCUUACCAUUGUCAUCGAAACCUGCUGAGGAAUCCGCUCAAGUCCCUGGGCCAGCCACCAGUGUUUUUGCUCCCCUCAAACCCUCCAGCCCCGUCUCUCGG